UGUCAUAUUUCCUUGCCUGUCACUGGACAAUCAAACGAAACGGCCAGACCUGUGUAGUUACAGAAGCUGGACAAGCUCUGAACGCGGCAUGUCUCUGUGGCGUUGGUGCGUCUCGGCGCGAUACCACGGCGCCAGCUCCAGGUCAGCGGUGGACGCGCUCUGCAAAGCAGGCUGGAGAGCAUCAAGUGGAGCUGCCAAGGACCGAGAGCCUCUGAAGAAACCAAACACCCCUCAAGGCCGCUUUGACCAAUCUGAGAAAGUGGACGAUGUGUUACAAAAGUUUCCUGAGGAUGUAAACCCCAUCACCAAGGAGAAGGGAGGCCCCCGUGGCCCAGAGCCCACCCGCUACGGGGACUGGGAGCGGAAAGGCCGCUGUGUGGACUUUUAAGUAGCCAGCCUUGUGUAAUGGCAUCCUACAGUGUCUGAUACGAGAGGAGCCAUUCUUACGACCGCCUUGCAGCUUCUGUGUGAGUUUCGACCAAGCUGCAGCUACAGUCUACACUGCGGUGAGGACCGAACUCCGACCGAACUAAUGGGCCUGAACUGUGGCUG